AUGAAUCGAAACAAGCCGCCAUCGGCUACUUUUUUUACGCUUGCACACAAACUUAAGACAAAAUUAUCUCAUAUUGAAGGCCCCGCGAAAGCCAUGAACACGGCAGGUCCUUCGCAAAAACCCUCUAAACCCACGAGAAAAAUUAAUAUAACCUGGAAAUGCGAUAAUAAGAUCGUGCGAAUGCAGGAGGGUGGCCCACUCCAACCGGUGGCCCACUUCUGUCUACAUCACUCUACUACUUUAAAAUCCGAAUUGUCCGAAAAAAAACAGAAGCGGGUGAGAACAAGGAAGAAGAAAACACAAUUAAGCUACUCAUCUUCAAGCAGUGAAGAUGGUGCAACGAACAAUCGCCCAUCCAAAAAAACUCACCCGAAUAACAAAAAACAAAACUCAAAAUACUCUUUAACAACAUCUUCCUCAUCGGAUGAAUUUGCAAAAAAUGAAGAUGUUAACGUUCAGAGCAGCGGCAGUAUAAGUCUUUCACCAAAUGACUCGUUUGAUAUCGAAGAAUUUUUAAAACUACAUGCCCCAGACCCCAAAGACAUGCCAGCAACUGUUGAUGAAUUGCCUGGUGGUUCUACAAAUUAUCAAGAAUUACCCAUCUCUACAGAAGAUUAUUCAGAAUAUGAAGUUAUUGAUCUCCAAACAGUAAACGAGCAAUCGCAGAAUCUUGACAGCGAACUGACUAUUAUUCGUCAAAAAAUUCAAGUAGACAAACCUCUUUUGGUGAACGCAUGCAGGGAAGAUCCGGUAUCAUCCAUGAGAAAUGCCAUGAAGCGUUGCACGUUUUCGCCCUAUCAAAAAAUCGACGUACAAUUUGUGGAUGUCGACGAGGUCCCAGAGGGAGCUAUCGACGAAGGUGGGCCUUCGCGUGAAUUAUUCCGACUGAGUUUAAAACAGCUUCAAAAUAGUGAGAUAUUUAUUGGUAGUCCCUAA